AUGGCGCCCUAUCAUGAAUUCCUCACUCAACGCGCCGUCGAGGCGACGGAGUCUCACCUCUCCAAGCGUGACCUCACCGUCAAUCACACCCAGGCCGUUACCCUCGGUGUUAUGGGCGCCUAUGUCGUUGUAAUCGCUAUUCUCUGGAACCUGCCAUUUCUGCGAUACUCUCUAUGGCCCUUUAAGAUGCUCGUGAUCGCCUUCCACGAAUUCGGCCACGCGAUAACAGCCUGCUGCACAGGCGGGCGCGUGAAAUCCAUCUCUCUCGACCCCCACGAGGGCGGCGUCACCCAUAUGCAGGGUGGCAUGACCGCGAUCACCCUGCCGGCGGGGUACCUGGGGUCGUCGAUUAUCGGGGCGCUGCUGAUCUUCGCCGGGUUCAAUAUCACCGCGAGUAAAGUUGCGAGUAUCGUUCUCGGCGUAUGCUUUCUGUUGACGCUUUGGUGGGCGCGUCGGGAUUGGUUGACCAUCAUUACGGUGCUGUUGGCCGUCGGGUUGUUGGUUGCUUGCUGGUUUAUUGCGCAUGGGCAGGCGCUUAGAUGGGUUGUUCUCUUUAUCGGCGUCAUGUCGGCUCUUUAUAGUGUCUGGGAUAUCUGCGACGACCUCAUCCUCCGAAAAGUGAACUCCUCUGACGCAAGCGUCUUCGCCCAGCGCUACGGCGGCUCCUCGCGCUGCUGGGGUCUCCUCUGGUCGCUGGUUUCUCUCAUUUUUAUUGCUAUCGCAAUCGUUGCUGGCAUUGCAGCGUUCCCACAGUCGUUUAGCCAGCAGGAGGAUGAUUCAAAGGGAUUCCUGCCGACGAAAUUCUAA